AUGGAUCACGAGACCGAUCAGAAUCCUCCAGGAUUUGAUGAUGGUGAAACAGUCCCAAUCACUAGUAACCAGGAGACAGAACCAGUCCCAGCCGUAGACAAUUACCAAGAGCAAGACAACUUUUGGGACAAUGCAAUAUUCAACAAGGAACAACAAGAUGGUGAUGAUGAUCAUGUGAAGGAAAAUGACGACAAAAGCCAACUCCCGUCGAUUCCGCUUUUCUCUAAAGGCCAAGGCUUGCCGUAUGCGCCUAUCGACUACCCGAGCGCCGGUGAUGUAUGGGCUUGGAGAGUUGGGAGGAGAGUGACUGCCACUGGGGCUCAUAAAGACAGGUUUCUGAUUCUCCCUGAUAGGCUUAGGACCAAGAAUGCAGCCAAGUCUUUCGCUAGCAAAACCACUCUCUCUCGUUACCUCGAAACAAACUUCCCUGAUUUGGAUGUUAAUGCGUUCUUCGAAUCCUUCACCUGGAACAUCCCUGCUUUGAUUCAACCCGCGGAGAGAGUUGAUGCUGCAUCUUUGUUUGAAGAGACAUCAAAAGAUGAGAAUAAUGCUGAUGAUGGAUCAAGUUCACGUUACAGUCAGAGGAAGAGGAAACCAAUGCAGCAGACGCAGAGUUACGAACCUGUUGAAGAGAAACCGAAAGCAACUCAACGAGGUAGCUACAAGAGAAAGAAAGAGAAACAAGUCGCUGUUGCAACCACCAAACAGAAACCAUCUGAUGGCAGUGGAGUUGAUAUUGGUAAGAAAGCAUAUUUGGGAUCUGCUCAAGCUGGCAUUGGCAGGGACCAUGGAGGUGGCUCUAGUAGUAAAGAUUUAGGUUAUGAGAAGAGGAGGAAACCAUAUUUAGAUGGAUCAGGGACAGGGAACGUAGGUUUUGCUAAUCAAGGUUAUAGGUGUAAGGUGAGUGGAAACGAAAGUAAAACUCAUGCGUCAUUGUUGCAGAACAAGUAUAAGCGUGACAUGAAUUUUGAUGGACCGAUCAGGGUUCAGGGGAAAAAUGGUGUCCUCAAGGUGAUGCCGAAGAAGCUGAAUAAGAUGGGAGUGUUACUGCAAAGUUUCACUGAUGGGGAAGCUAAACAAACUCACUAUGGCUCAAAAGUGCAGGAGACUGGUAAAAUUCGUGUUGCUAUCCCGUCGUCGCCAACCACUGUAAAAACUGAAAACAUGGCGAAGCUGCUUCCUCCUGCUAGGAUACAGUCGAAUGGGUUGAAAAUGCCCACGAGCUUAACCAUGAAGAGUAAGAGUCACGACCAAGAUUCUGAAGAUAGUGAUACUUCCGGACGGCUGCAGAAGAGAGCCAUUCAAGCUCACAAGCUCUUGCACAUGUCAAGCACUGGAAGAGAAAUUUUUUUACCUGAAGCGCCAACACCUCAAAAAAUCAGAGAUGGAAAGAUUAGGCGUGGAUCAGGCACAGAAAAACAAAGAUUACGUGAGCGAAUAAGGGAAAUGUUACUGGAAGCAGGGUGGACAAUUGACUAUAGACCUAGAAGGAACAGAGAUUACCUAGAUGCAGUCUAUAUAAGCCCCAGGGGAACAGCAUUCUGGUCUAUUAUCAAGGCUUAUGAAGCACUUCUUAAGCAGGUAAAUAGUGGGGGAAAAGUGGCCAAGCCUUGUGAAGAUAGUUCCGCAAUUACUUUGAUCUCUGAUGAGAUACUCAGUCAGCUGACGCGGAAAACCAAAAAGUUUGAGAUAGAUAUGAAAAGGGAGGAGCAAUGUGCCAGUGAUAGUGAUGGACAAGCGACAUUUGCAAGAAAUUUCCCACCUAUUAGAAAUGUAGUUGGAAACGGUGACAGACAUGUUCAUAAAGAAAAGCGAAGCUCCUAUCCAGAGCUGAGUGUGUUGAUUGAGCCAACAAGUGGAAACACCGGAGUUGGUUUAGCAUUCACGGCGGCUGCAAAAGGAUACAAGCUUAUUAUCACAAUGCCGGCUUCAAUGAGUGUUGAGAGAAGAAUCAUUCUCUUAGCUUUUGGUGUCCAGUUGAUUUUGACUGACCCUGCUAAAGGCAUGAACGGCGCUAUCGCAAAGGCCGAAGAGAUUCUGGCGAAAACACCUAAUGGUUACAUGCUCCAACAGUUUAACAACCCUGCCAACCCAAAGAUCCACUAUGAGACUACUGGACCUGAGAUAUGGAAAGGCACUGGUGGUGCAGGGAAGUAUCUUAAGGAACAAAACCCGGACGUAAAGCUGUAUGGAGUGGAGCCAAUUGAAAGCGCUAUUCUCUCCGGUGGCAAGCCAGGCCCUCACAAAAUUCAAGGGAUAGGUGCUGGUUUUAUACCAAGUGUACUGGAUGUUGAUCUUAUAGAUGAAGUUGUUCAAGUUUCAAGUGAUGAAUCCAUCAACACGGCAAGACUUCUCGCUCUUAAAGAAGGUCUUCUUGUGGGAAUUUCAUCUGGUGCAGCAGCAGCCGCAGCAAUCAAACUUGCAAAGAGGCCAGAAAAUGCCGGGAAGCUUUUCGUGGCGGUGUUCCCAAGUUUCGGAGAGAGGUACCUGUCGACUGUACUAUUCGACGCGACAAGGAAAGAAGCGGAAGCCAUGACCUUCGAGGCUUGA